GGCUCAAAUGGGCCAACAUGGGCCUUGAGGACUUCAACUCUGACGCUGAACUCCACUUAACGGGCCACACACACUUCGUCUCCAAGCUUUCGACCAAAAGAGAUUGAGCGAUUCGCAGACUCGAGGACGCGACUGUGAGAGAGAGAGAGAGAGAGAAUGGUGUCGUCAUCAUCGAGAGGAGAGAUGGAGAAGAUGGGAAUCGAUCAGCUGAAGGCGUUAAAGGAGCAAGCAGAUCUGGAAGUGAAUCUCCUUCAAAAUAGUCUUAACAGCAUCCGUACAGCCACCGUCCGUCUUGAUGCCGCCGCCGCAGCUCUCAACGAUCUCUCUCUUCGACCUCAAGGUAAGAAGAUGCUUGUACCACUGACUGCUUCUCUAUACGUUCCUGGGACACUUGAUGAAGCUGAUAAGGUUUUGGUUGAUAUUGGCACUGGUUACUUCGUCGAGAAAACAAUGGAUGAUGGAAAAGAUUAUUGUCAGAGGAAGAUUCACUUGCUCAAAUCAAACUUUAACUAACUUUUUGAGCAGGAUUAUCAGUCGAUAUUCUGGAAAACCUCUUGCUGCAGCCAUUUCUUCUUGGUAAGUGUUUAUGUUUUGAAGCUGUAGAUUGACUCGGUAUUGUUGUAAAGCGUGCAGAGGUGCAAUGGAAAUGAGACAGUAUAUAUAGAGGUUUGACAGGUAUUAGGGUUUUGGGAUAGAUUACAUAGGAAAUCUUAAUUAGCACGGUUUGGAUAUCUAAGAAAAUAUGUAAAUCGGCAUAUACGGUGAACAAAUAAGGAUAAUA